UCGGAAACUAUUCAUUGACGCACUGAGAAAAGAGUUGUUUACAAACAACAAACUGUCUGAAACAAAAGCGAAAGCUUCGCUGAUAAUGAGCUAAUUCCUAUAAAUAUUAACUUUCAAAACAGUAUGGAGGCUUCCAAGAAUCUCUAAUGUACAAUUAAAUAUAAAAUACGCCUAUAGAUUCCUAUAGUGUCGACGAGUGUCUUCAAGUUCCGUGUCUGACAGAAGAGCAGGACACAUGGCAGAGGAAGGCAACAAGCUGACAUUGAGGCGCCUGGAGGUGCCAAUCCACAAGUUCAUUAAAGUGGCUCUGCCCACGGACCUGGAGAGGCUGCAGAAACACCACAACAACAUACUAAAGUACCAACACAGCCAGCAGUGGGACCGUCUUCAUCACGAGCAUAUCAAUGCCAGCAGAACGGUUCAGCAGCUCAGGGCUAACAUCAGAGAGAUGGAGAAGCUUUGCGCACAGGUCCGUGCUGAAGACACAGACGCUCUGGAAGCUCUUGUCAAGCCAGUGCGGGACCGGGCGUUAGCAGCUGCACAGAACUUUUUACUUUUGCACUCGAACCCCAUGCCUCAGCUGACGCCACCACACACACCUGCCUCUGAGGCAUCAAGCCGUGAGUCCAGAAGAAGCCAUGCUGAUAGUGAAGAUGGAGAGGAGCCGGUGUCUGGAAGGCAAAUACAGUUGCACCUGCCAGAGAUCCCUGUGGAUCAAAGUGCGGCUGAGUCCUGGGACAACCUGGAGGAGGACCUGAAGGAGCUGAGUGGUCUGGUGACGGAGUUCUCUCUUCUUGUGCAUUCCCAGCAGGAGAAGAUUGACAGCAUAGAGGACAACGUCAACACAGCCUCUGCCAACGUGGAGGAGGGGACCAAAAGCCUGGGGAAGGCGGUGGGCUACAAAUUGGCCUUGAUGCCCAUUGCCGGGGCGCUGCUGGGCGGAGCCAUCGCGGGUCCACUUGGCCUGCUGGCCGGGUUCAAAGCCGCAGGAGUGGCCGCUGCUCUGGGAGGCGGCGCCCUGGGGUUCGCCGGGGGCAACCUGGUCCAGAAGCACCGCAAAGCCCAAGUGGAUCAGCAGAUGAAACAACUGACAGCACCACCGCCAGAACCAACUGCUGAACAUGAGUCGAGCAAAGACAAAUGAUCUGAUGACGAGCAGUUCUGCUGGUCGUCUGACUGCAGCUGCGGGCUGCUGUGUUAACAGAACAAGCCGAAGCACAGACUGAACCCAAACACACUCAGUGUUAGUCUCUCGGCACAGGUGACAAGCAAACGUACUAACAGCCCCAAUUAGGCGUCAGAUGCUUUGAUUUGAAAUGCGAAUGGUGAAUCUGAGGACAUUAAUCUAAUUUCAUACACAAAACAGAUUUCAGGAAAGCAUUUAUUUACACUACAGCUUUUAGUGGUGGUGGGUCAGCCUGACAUCACUAAAGGAAGUCAUUGGAGUCAGAUAAAUUAACGCAACUAUUCUGGUAAAUGCCAUCAUUAACAUGAACACUGUUAGUGUGUCCAGACUGAACGCUGACCCACAGUCAUUAGCUGUGAACGGUUGAACUGCUGUGGUGUUGCAUCUCCUUAGUUUUGUAAAUUGAUGCAGUAAUGCUUCAGUGUUUACAUUAUACUGUGUAUCGAUAGACUUUGUUUUGUGAGCACAUAUUUGCACAUGACACACCAAAGUGCCACGGCCCAGACCGUCCAACAACCUGCCAUGCAUUGAUGUUUCUGCUGCUGGUUUUCUGCCGAAUAAAUUUGUCUUUUCAA